AUGUGAGGUUUUCUUCUAUUUCGUGAUUGUCAGGUGAUUUAUUUAUACAUUGACGAUCGAAAUUUUUUUUGGAAAAGUGGAUUAAGGAUGAAUGCAGUUGUAGCUCUUUGCCAUUUUUGUGAAUUACAUGGACCGAGUGUAUUAUUUUGCACCCAGGCAUUCCACUGCAUGAACCAUAACCCAGAAGAAGUCCUUAGCGGAGCAGAGGCGUCGCUAUCAGCUUGUGGAAGCUUCAGCCAUGGGAGCUUAUUUGGGCCUAAGGAAAGACUGUCAGAGAAUUUAGUAGGGGAAGGCGGAGAAAACCAUAGUACACCAAAAAAGGCUGAGCCAAGGCAAUCAACUUGCAUUGCCUGCACUUCAAUGCAGCCAGGUGAACCAGGUCUUUUCAGCCUUGACAGGGAGUCUCAUAUUAGCUAUAUAAGCCGACAGUUUCCUGAAGAUCAAGAACUAUACAGCAUUGUGAGGCAUGCAUGUGUCCGGAGUCUAAGCUGUGAAGUAUGCCCUGGACGUGAGGGCCCAAUAAUGUUUGGUGAUGAAGCCAGUGGUUAUGUGUUUAGCUAUACAUUUUUUCUAAAAGAUAGCCAGUCAAGAGGAUUUCAAAGAUGGUAUAGUGUAAUUUGCGUCAUGAUGGAUAAAGUUUAUUUGGUUAACUCAUGGCCAUUUUUGAUAACUCAUUUCAAAGCAAUAAUUGAGGAGUUACAGUUAAAAGCAGAUGUAACAUUUAAAAGUGAGAAAGCACAAAACCCAUUAGCUGACCAAAGAUUACACAUGUCAUCAACAUUCUUUCUGUUGAAUCCAAAUCAGUUCAUUAGAACUAGAGGUGGUAACCAAAACUAUAGAUCAUUACGUGACCUUGUCCAAGAUAAAAAUAUUUUCCAGUACCUUCAUAGGUACUUUUCGUGGAUUUUGAAGGCAUCAGGCCAGCGGUACAGUGAACAGUUUGUUGUAGGCCCACCAGAAGAAUACUUUGAUGCAAAUGAAGAAGAGGAAAAUAACAUUAAGGCAGGUGGUCUUGGGCCGAGUUUCAGUAGUCUUAGACAGUUGUCAAAGUUUAUACCUGCAGAAAAGCUGAAACAAAUUGCUUACCAUGUUGCUAUUGGUGACCAAUUGAUAGUAAGAGGAUCAAAUUCUAAAACUGUGGCAUCAUUUCUGAAUGUCUUUAGAGAACUAAUUCCUGCUGGGUGCUACAGAGGGGCCCUUUACUCAAAAGAAUACCAGGACUCAUGGAGGGUAAAUUUUAUUGGAAUUGAUUACUCUUGUGAAAUACCUGCACAUGUGUUAUCUUCAAACCUCUAUGUAUUGGUUGAUAUAAAAUCAAACAGCAAUGCUUUAUCGCAUAGCAAUAAUGAUGCUAUCACAGAAAACCAAGAUUUUACAGAUGUUGAUUUUACUGUGCAAGGAAUCUCAUGCUUUACCUGCCCAACCUAUCUGUUAGAUGUAUUAAAAGCCUUAGCUGAUGAGGACUUUACAGAUUCAGUGUUUGCUAAUAUAUUAUCUGCACUAAAAGAUGAGUGGAUGAACAAAGUCAAAGUCAUGUUCAAGUUUUCAAAAUGUGGAUCAAGAACUUCUGAGGAAAAAGUAAAACUUUUAAAAGUGUUAAAUGCAAAGCCUGAAGAUGAGAUUUUGUUAAAAUUUUGGAUGACUGCCCUAAGUAGACCCUACAGGGCACAUUUGUUGAGCUGUGCAACACAGAAAUCUGUUCAAAGGACUGGAAUUAAAGGGGAGAUAUCCAGUGAAGAUCUAUUUUUUACUGUGCCAUAGAUACAAUUUUAUUAUUAUUUGACAUGUCCUACUAUAGUUUGCAAAUGCUUUUGAAUCUAUCAAAGUAGUAUUUGCUUUUCGUGUGCUUAUUGAUCUGUAUAAAAUCCAAUAUUUGUGUACUUGUGGGUUUCUAGUGAUAAGGGAGCUGAACAGUACUGGUAGGGAAACAUUUUCUAAUCAGGGGUGGAUCCACAAUGUGAAACAUUUUCUAAUCAUGGAAAUGUCCACUCCACUUUUUUAAGAAAUUUUUUUUAACUUUUCCAAAACUGGAUUAAAAACAUAAGGGGGAGGGAGAUGUUAGUUUUCUUCUCUGAGAUCAAAACCUUUUUUCAUUUUGAUGGUCAGUUAUUGUUUCUCUGCAAAUCUUAGCUGACAUAGAGAAUGGUGUGUUGAAUCAUCAGUUUCAUAAAUAAUGAGCAACUAUGAUAAAGAUGAUCUAUAAAAUACAGCUAAACAGUUGGUUCUUAGAGUGUGGUCUUCGCCUUCCUUCCUUGGUAAUGAUUUUUGUAUCCAAUAUUUGUAUAAAACUUGUAUCCAAAAAAAUUUUUAAGCUGUAAUGAUAGUAUAGGUGCAACUAAUGCACCCGCACUUGUCACAAAUGCAUCCAGGGCUGUCAAGAGGCAUCUCAGGCCCAGGGGUGAUUAAAAAACUGGAACCCCAUUAAAAAAAUUCCUGUGGCCACGCCCUUAAGUCUCCUGGACAACCAGGGAAACGCCCUUUUCAGACACAAUUGUUGAAAAGGUUUUUUAAGGUUUUUUACAAGAAUGUGCAAAAACAUUUGGACGUAUGGACAUUUGUAUAAGUAGCUGAAAUACUAGCUUUUUGCAUUGUAAAUAGAUCUUGUUACUUUAUUACGGGCCCCAUUGGAGCACGGGCCAUGGGCCUUUUGCCCUUCUUAACCCUCUCUCGACACUCCUGGCUGCAUCCUGUGAAAGGGCACACAGCAAGGUAAAGAUCUUGAGCUAUUUUCGGGCCUUGCAUGAUAAAAGACUUGCCUAUGAAAUUUAACGCUUCUACUAAAUGAAAUUGAAUUCUUCUAUUGAGGGUUACAAAAUAUUGAAAGGAUUACAGUCAAAGAUUAAAAGAUAGUAUGAGAAAUGAAAAUUAAUUGUUUAGUCCUUUAGUCACUGGGACAAAAACCUGAUAUAAUAAUAAUGAUAAUAAUAAUAAUAAUAUAGAUAACAUUUUGUCUACAGUUAGUCUACUACAUCUAUAACUAAUAGCUAUAAAGAAGCUAAUUAAGGCCAACUAUCUAUGAAGAAUUAGUAAAAAAUGAAUGUAUGGUACAAUGUCAAAAAAUGUUUAAGGUAUAAAUCCUAAAUGAAACCUAACCCAGCAAUCAAUAUUUUACAUAAUCAACAGUCACAUUUUACAAGGUGUGUUCUUAAUUCUUUUUUAAAAGUUGCUUAUGAUUGAGACUCUUUUACACUGUCAGGUAGUGUUUGCCACAGUUUUUGACCUAAAUAUACCACAGUUUCUAUACCACAAAAAGUUGCCCUGGUUUUUGGAAUGACAACAUUUUCUUUAUUUCGCAAAUCAUAAUGUACAUUUCUUGCUUCGAAAAUCUCACUCAUGAAUCUAGGGUUCAGGUUAUAUUUGUUUUUGUAUAUUUCUACCAUCAAGUACUAGAGAUUGAGUUGGUGAAUGGAUAGUGCAUUAUCCAAUGUCAGCAAUAUUUCAUAGUCGGCGUAACUGUCUUUAUAAGAAAUUCUGAGUGGUGUUUCUUGGAUUUUAUUCACUUAUGCAUUUAGAUAUCUGUCUUGGAACAUCCAAAUUAGGGGGCAGUAGCUAAACUGGACUUUUAUGAAGCUGUUCAUUAGGAGACGCAGUUUAUCAGAACCCAUAAACGACCAUACUCUAGCGAGGGCAUAAUCAAUCCGGAUUGAGUAACCUAUAUGAAAACAGUGGGGGAAAUAUAAAGGAUCGUACACGAGUUUCUCGGGAAUUGACCCAAAAAUGGGAAGGAGAGAGAUUGAAUUUUUCUCCUUUUUCUUAUGAAAAACUUGCCUUUUUAUAUAUUUUGGGAAAUGAAACUUGCCCUAACUUAUCAAAUAAUAUUUUUAGUAAAGUAACUAAUGCAGCAUUGUUGAACUGCUUAACUUUAUUUUUCCUACUGAUAUUCCAUCUCAACCAUGUGCUUUAUUAGCAUUUAGUGACUUUAUUAUGUUAAGAAUUUUUACUUUACUGAUGAGAGAAUCGCUUACGAAGAAAUAAGCAGUCGGAACAUUAAAGUGAAAUUAUCCUAUCUGUAUAAAUCUUUGCACACUGGAGUAGGGAAUAAUCAUUGAAUAUAUGUGCCUUUUCAGUAAAAUCCUAUAUAAAGAAUUAAUUUACUAAAAGAGGUUGUUUUAUUGGAACCUUGGCCUUGUUAGGACAGUGUUGAUUAAAGACCAAUAUGUUUACUAGAAGUCCCAGGGUUACCUGUCUGUCACUUGCUUGGCCGUUCUUCAUGAAUUUUCUAGGCACGAUUCUUUUUUCUUAGGAAGAUCUUUGUCUCAUCUGUUUUCCAAGGUGCUUGAUGAGGCUUAUUUGUUUUAACUUUGUCAGGUAAAAAAAAUUCAGUAAAUGUUUAGCAGGAAUUAAAUAACUUAUUCAACUUGCUCAUUAGGACAUGUCUGGUUGCCGAGGUGCUCUCGCCAGUCAAAAAUUUUGAUGUUUCUCCUAAUGGCAAUGAAGAUAUAGGUACUCAAAGCUUUACACUGGAACAGGGGGGUUCAGGGGGUAGGUAGCAGUGACAGCACCGGAAAUUCAAAGGGUAAUACUUCUUAGCAAAAUCCAUCUUCCUUACAGAAAUGCCUUUCUAAAAUAUUUUAAAUUGAAAGCUGCUUUCUCGUACAAUUGUAAUGUCUACGGAAAGUUGGAUCAACACUUUAGUUUACAAAUUCCUCAAUUUAAUUCGGUAAGCCUCCCCCUUAUUAAAACUCAAAGAAAAGGCAUUCACUAACAAACUUCACUUGGAAAUUUGGCAAACCCGAUUGAAUCAAGCCCCACGCUUCAAAUCCCAAACAGUAGCUGAACAGAACAUCUUAAAGCAAUUGAAAAAACCACUGGUAUUCGUAAUAAAUCUAUAUUUGACAACAGGAAUGUUACCAAAUGACCUAAAACUGGCGCGUUUAACACCGAUCUUCAAGUCAGGCGCAAAAACAGCUUUGAUAACAAUCGUCCUAUCGGCAACUGCCAACAUUAGUGUUUACACAUAUAACUCAAGAGUCAAGAAUUGUCUUGAGAGCAACCAUUUAUUA